GAAGAAGAAGAAGAAGAAGAAGAAGACGACGACAAUCCACGGAUCUGACUCCGUUGUUCUUUUUUUAAAUUAAAUUCGCACAGAUGGAAACAACGUCGCACAAACGCUACAUUUGCUCGUUUCCAGACUGUUCGGCGGCUUAUAACAAACAGUGGAAACUGGACGCGCAUUUGUGUAAACACACGGGGGUGAAGCCGUACGCGUGCGGGCACGACGGCUGCGGUAAGUCCUUCUGCAGCACCUACCACCUGACGAGACACGGCCUCAGUCACAGCGGCAGCAGACCCUUUGAGUGCGGCGUGGACGGCUGCGCGGAGGCGUUCACCACCAACUCCAACCGGAACAGACACGUGAGCCGCGUCCACGCGCAGGAGUCCAAGGUGUAUGCGUGUAAGUUUGAAGGCUGCGGCCUCGAGUUCAAGAAGAACAAACAGCUCAAGUCACACAUGUGUGAGCAGCACACACAGUUGCCGCCUUAUCAGUGCACGUAUGACGGCUGUCACUUGCGCUUCACCUUCCCCAGCAAGCUGAAGCGUCACGAGAAGGUUCACAGAGGUUACCCCUGCCAGGAGGAGGGCUGCACCCUCACGGCUAAGACAUGGACGGAGCUCCUGAAACACAGGAGGGAGCAGCACGAACGCGUCCUCAAGUGCGACCAGUGCAACAAGGUAUUCAAGGACUCGUGGUUUUUGCAGCAGCACCAGGCCGUCCACUCUGAGGUCCGGGUCAUCUUCAGGUGCCCGAGAGAGGGCUGUGACAGGUCGUUCACCACGACCUUUAACCUGCAGAGCCACAUCAGGUCCUUCCACGAGGAACUGCGGCCCUUCUCCUGCACGCAGCCUGGCUGCAGGAAGAGCUUCGCCAUGAGGCAGAGCCUCGACCGCCACUGCAUCGUCCACGACCCGCAGCGGAGGAAGCAGAAGGCGCCAAGACACAAAAGGUCUCUUGUCUCCAGGAUAAGUGGUUACAGAGAAACCAAGAUGUGCAAAAAACCAUGGGAGAGAGCGUCUGCUCAGACCCAGACUGGUCCUGGUGCACCUGUGGAGCUGGUGUCCCUCCUGCAAGAUGCUUCGUUGCUGUGCGUCCCACAGCAGGUGGACACUCAUGGACUCACAAAUGUCCUGACUACACAUCUGACAGUGUAGAGGUCAUAACUGCAGGAGUGUGAGCGCAGCACAUGCUCACUGAGAGCACAAACAAAUCUAAUGACAAGUGUGUCUGUUAAUGAUCGUUCUGGAAGUAAAGUAAAGUUGAGGUGAGAGGCGUACCUGCAGGAUGAAGCCUGGUUCAGGUGUUCACUCCCUCAGUCUGUCUGUGUGGACUUUUUAAGUGUGCUAUUGUGAGGUACUGACAGUUGAUGAUCUGCCUCCAUCACUAUGUUCAAAUGUCACUUUGUGAAAUCUAUCGUUCAGAUUUACCUCAGUGUCUUAAACUGACCACACGAGGCAGCAGUUGACCAGAAACUCAGGUGACCCUGAACAUUAACAUGGACUAAUAUUAUCCUUUAAAAUUUACACACAUUCCCCCAAAGUGAUAGAUUUUGAGAGUUAAGUUUCCUUUUGUGAUGGAUUCCAAGAAACAGGAGCACCAGGGUAAACAGCUUUCUUUCCAACCGUGAAGGCCUUUGUCAGGAGUGUUAGGAGAAGCAGGUCACCUUAAACCAGUACAGGUACAAAUUGGGCCUGUCAAAGUUAAGAUAGGAGAGACUGAGAGAUGGUAGCUGAAGGUGGAGAGAGGUGAGGGGUUGUUGGGUGGAAGGAACCAUCGAUAAAACGAAAGUUUUAUGCAAUAUGACAACUACCUGGGUGUAACGGCACAGUUUACUGACAAUGGCUGUAACUAACCACUCUGGUGCCCCAGUGACUUCCAUUUGGACACGUACUCUCUCUCUCUCACUUUAUCAUGACACGUGUCUGUGGAUGUUCUCAGGUGGAUGUCUUUGUUAUGUUAACACAUGUUCUUGUUGCAUACCUGGGUCUAUUUGAAUGUGAAUUUCUGUUUAAAAAGUAAACAUACUGUUAAACAAUGGUGUCUGAUUACUCAUUCAUUUAGUCAUUAGAAGAAAGUUAAUCUAGAUGAAUUUCAAAAUGUGAGAUUUUUUUAUUCAGCCCUAAAAAUGUUGCACAAAUCAAAUAUUUCUUCGUUCAGAAGGAAAAUCAACUUUUGCUUUUUGUUUAUUUCUGCUUGAUUGAUCAUGAUUCAAAAAUACGUAAUAGUGAUGUGAUUAUUUCAAUAUUGAGAUCUUCCGUGCAUUGGGUGUCGAGUCGUGUGUCAGUGAAGUGGAGUCAGAUGUUUUAGCCGUGACGAGGUGCAGCAGAGCGUCUCCGUCCUGUCCAGCAGAUUUACAGAUUCCGAGGCUAAAUCCUCUCUGAAUACUUCCAGUUACUGCAGGGCUGCGACCUGCAUUCCUGACCCGCUCCACUCAGACAGGCCCUAUAUGGACUGACGGUCCCGUCCAUCGAACCCCAGGAAUGCACAGCAGCAGUGCCCACACACUUCUAAUGUAAUGUCUCAUUUCCUGUAGCCAUGUUCAUGAUAAAAGCCAAUUACAUGUGCAGGAAACAAAUAAAAUGCUCAUGGUCUUA